AUGGCCGAAUUCUCAGACGAAACCAUGUCGCUCAACCCAAGUGAAGACGACUUCACUCCCCAAACACCGAAGCAACGAAAGUCAAGUCCCAACAAAGUCGUCAAGCGCUCUCAAGCCACAACGCCUUCACCGGGAAGGGUCUUGAAGAAUAGUCCUAUGCCCAAAUGCAAGAGUGAGAUCCAAGCCUAUGAUCAAAUCCUCCUAGAUGCCCGCGCCGCCAAUCCACCAAUUCCAUGGAAAGACAUCGCGAUUAUGUAUGAGAAGGCAGGUGGUAUCACAACGGGCAUGACGAACUUGAAGAAUCAUCGGUUUGCGGCCCUGAAGGAGGUUGCCACUGAAGCGAGCGCUGAAGAUAUUGAAAUCAUGGUCGCUGCACAGGCGGUCGUAGAUGCGGAGUGGGAGAAGGAGAAAUGGGCUCGGAUUGCUGUCAAGAUUAGAGAGAUGAAUGAACCAGAUUGGGAUCCGAAGUUUGUGAAGAAGACAGCUAUGAAUCGUCGUAAGGGUGUUCCACAGGGUUUGGCUUGA